AGACUGGAGUCGAGCUCGCCGCGUAGGAACGCUGGCGCUUCCCGGACGCCGCGGGGUCCCCGCCAGCACGGGGCACUCGGAGCGGGGCUCUGCCUGCCUCGCCUUGCCCUGCCGAUGUCGCCGCCCGGCUGCUGAUGUCUGCACCCUCUUCCCGCACUGUGGGGCCACGCAGGUCCCUGUAGAGGCAGAAAGCCUCCUUCGCAAAGCGGGAAUGGAGGUGAAUUGUUUAACACUAAAAGACCUGAUCAAUCCCAGGCAGGCCAGAUUAGAUUUUACAAUUGAAGAUGGGGAAAAUGCACAAAAGGAGAAUAUAUUUGUUGAUCGAUCAAGGAUGGCCCCAAAGACUCCAAUAAAAAAUGAACCAAUUGAUUUAUCAAAGCAAAAAAUCUUCACUCCAGAAAGAAAUCCCAUUACUCCAGUUAAGCUUGUCGACAAACAACAGGUAGAGCCAUGGACACCCACAGCUAACCUGAAGAUGCUCAUUAGUGCUGCCAGUCCAGACAUAAGGGAUCGGGAGAAGAAAAAGGGACUAUUCAGACCCAUUGAAAACAAGGAUGAUGCAUUUUCAGACUCUUUACAGCUUGAUGUUGGGGACAGUGCUGUGGACGAAUUUGAAAAGCAGAGGCCAAGCAGAAAACAGAAAAGUUUAGGACUGCUGUGCCAGAAGUUUCUAGCUCGCUAUCCAAGUUAUCCCUUGUCAACUGAGAAAACUACCAUCUCUCUAGAUGAAGUUGCUAUCAGUCUUGGUGUGGAAAGGAGACGCAUCUAUGACAUUGUAAAUGUGCUGGAGUCACUGCAUCUGGUCAGCCGGGUGGCCAAGAAUCAGUAUGGCUGGCAUGGACGGCAUAGCCUGCCAAAAACCCUUAGGACCCUCCAGAGACUUGGAGAGGAGCAGAAAUAUGAAGAGCAGAUGGCCUACCUCCAACAGAAGGAACUGGACCUGAUGGAUUAUAAAUUUGGAGAACGCAGAAAAGAUGGUUGUCCAGAUUCCCAAGAUCAACAGUUACUGGAUUUCUCUGAACCUGACUAUCCCUCCUCAUCUGCAAACAGUAGAAAAGAUAAGUCUCUGAGAAUUAUGAGUCAGAAGUUUGUCAUGCUGUUCCUUGUCUCCAAAACCAAGAUUGUUACUUUGGAUGUGGCUGCCAAGAUACUGAUAGAAGAAAGCCAGGAUACCCCAGAUCAUAGUAAAUUUAAAACAAAGGUACGACGCCUCUAUGAUAUAGCCAAUGUUCUGACCAGCUUGGCUCUGAUAAAGAAAGUGCAUGUAACAGAAGAGCGAGGCCGUAAACCAGCCUUCAAAUGGAUCGGGCCUGUGGACUUCAGCUCCAGUGAUGAAGAACUAGUGGAUGUUUCUGCAUCUGUCUUACCAGAAUUAAAAAGAGAAACAUAUGGCAAGAUUCAAGUAUGUGCAAAACAGAGGCUGGCUCGUUAUGGUUCCUUUAACACAGUUCAGACUUCUGAGAGGAUACAGAGGAAAGUGAGCUCAGAACCCAGCAGCCCGUGCAGAGAACAAGGAUCAGGUGGCUAUUCCUUAGAAAUUGGAAGUCUAGCAGCUGUCUACAGACAGAAAAUAGAAGACAAUUCACAGGCAAAAGCCUUUGCCAGUAAGAGAGUGGUGCCUCCAGCAAGCAGCUUGGACCCUGUCCUUCCUGUUGACUCAGAUUAUUGUGUUAAUCCUUUAGCCCACCAAGUAUUUUCUGUUGCUCAAACAGACUUGCAGGCUUUCUCCAUGCAGAAUGGUCUCAAUGGAAAAGUUGGUGUCCCGCUUACUUCCCCAACCUCUGACAUGGAGAGCUUGAAGCCUGCUCUAAUUGCCGGGCAGCCCCUGGUGUAUGUGCCCUCCACCUCACUGUUCAUGCUGUAUGGGAGCUUGCAAGAGGGACUGUCCCCUGAUUCUGCAUCAGAAAUAGACAGCAGAAGCUCAGAAGUCCCUGCUGCAUCAGAGCCUUCAUUCACACCCUCAGCUCAGAAGCGCCUCUGUGUAGAGAGGAAGCUGCAAGAGGAUGAGCCCGCUGCUAAAAGACAAAGUCAGGAAUUUGAAGAUAGCCCCUUAUCCCUUGUCAUGCCCAAGAAAUCCUCAGGUUCCACAGACCUUGCGUCUCCCAAGUCAACGGGAAACAGGGGAUCUAUGCCCCUGGAAGAUGCUCAUGUGAAUAGUCAACUCCCUGUUGCAGARGAGGUUUCAGGAAAGGCUUCAGCAAACUGCUUCACUUCUGCUGAGUGUAGAAAUCCUUCAAAAAAUAUAGAUACUGAAAAGCCUUCAAAAGAAAAUGAAAGUACCAAAGAGCCCUCUUUGCUGCAGUGUCUUUAUGUGCAGUCUCCAGCUGGAAUCAAUGGUUUCAAUGUGCUCUUAUCUGGCAGUCAAACUCCCCAUGCUAUGGGACCAUCCUCAGGUCAGCUGCCAUCCUUCAGCGUUCCUUGUAUGGUCUUACCAUCUCCGACUCUGGGCCCUUUUUCUGUUCUGUAUUCUCCCACGAUGCCCAGCCCGAUUUCUUCUGCUCCUGGCACUCUCCCAAAUACGGGACCUGUGAAUUUCAGCUUGCCUGGCCUUGGAUCUACAGCACAUCUUCUUCUCAGCCCUGCAGCCAUGGUCAAUCCAAAGUCCUCUACGCUUCCUUCUGCAGACCCUCAGGUUCAGAGUCAGCCCUCUCUGAACCUGAGUCCAGUGAUAUCAAGGUCACACCACCUCAUCCAACCUGACUCUCCUGUGUACAUGGGUCAUCCAGUCUCAGCAGUACAACAGUCACCUGCUCCAGUGACCCCCAAGAGUACCCGACGCACACAUCSUGAAACAUUUUUCAAGACACCUGGAAGCCUUGGAGACCCUGUCCUCAGGAGAAGAGAAAGAAAUCAGUCACGAAACACGAGCUCAGCCCAGAGGAGACUAGAAAUCCCGAGUGGUGGGCCUGACUAA